CUCAGUGGCAGUGAAGAACGUGUGCAGGUAGCUUUAGAAGAGUUACAAGACCUCAAAGGAGUUUGGUCUGAGCUUUCCAAGGUCUGGGACCAGAUUGAUCAGAUGAAGGAGCAGCCAUGGGUUUCAGUACAGCCUCGCAAGCUUCGACAAAAUUUGGAUGGCUUACUGAACCAGUUGAAAAACUUCCCCGCUCGUUUGCGGCAGUAUGCCUCCUAUGAAUAUGUUCAGAGACUUCUGAAGGGUUACAUGAAGAUAAACAUGUUGGUGAUUGAACUGAAGUCUGAGGCUCUUAAAGAUCGUCACUGGAAGCAGCUGAUGAAGAGACUUCAUGUGAACUGGGUUGUCUCUGAACUAACCCUGGGACAGAUCUGGGAUGUUGACUUGCAAAAGAAUGAAGCAAUUGUGAAAGAUGUACUUCUUGUGGCUCAGGGAGAGAUGGCUUUGGAAGAGUUCUUGAAACAGAUAAGAGAAGUGUGGAACACUUAUGAACUGGAUUUGGUUAACUAUCAGAACAAAUGUCGUUUGAUUCGUGGUUGGGAUGAUCUCUUCAACAAGGUCAAGGAGCACAUUAACAGUGUGUCUGCCAUGAAGUUAUCACCAUACUACAAGGUGUUUGAAGAAGAUGCCCUUAGCUGGGAGGACAAAUUGAAUCGUAUCAUGGCACUCUUUGAUGUCUGGAUAGAUGUCCAAAGGCGAUGGGUCUAUCUGGAGGGGAUCUUCACUGGUAGUGCUGAUAUUAAGCACUUACUGCCUGUUGAAACACAGAGGUUCCAAAGCAUCAGUACUGAAUUUCUGGCACUUAUGAAAAAAGUAUCCAAAUCUCCCCUUGUGAUGGAUGUUCUUAACAUCCAAGGUGUACAAAGGUCACUGGAGAGAUUAGCAGACUUGCUUGGAAAGAUCCAGAAAGCAUUGGGAGAAUAUCUGGAGAGGGAGAGAUCCUCCUUUCCUCGGUUCUACUUCGUUGGUGAUGAGGACUUGCUCGAAAUCAUAGGAAACAGCAAGAAUGUAGCUAAGCUCCAGAAACAUUUCAAGAAAAUGUUUGCUGGAGUUUCUAGCAUCAUCCUGAAUGAAGAUAACACUGUUGUUCUGGGGAUCUCAUCACGAGAAGGAGAGGAGGUGCUGUUCAAAACACCUGUGUCUAUCACAGAACAUCCUAAGAUAAAUGAGUGGCUCACACUUGUUGAAAAAGAAAUGAGGGUCACACUUGCAAAGCUGCUGGCUGAGUCUGUUACUGAAGUAGAAAUCUUUGGUAAAGCAACUUCAAUUGAUCCAGUUCUCUAUAUUUCUUGGAUUGACAAAUAUCAGGCCCAGCUUGUUGUCCUGUCAGCCCAAAUUGCAUGGUCAGAGAACGUGGAAUCUGCUCUGAAUGGCAUGGGUGGUGAUGGAGACAGCAGUCCUCUGCACUCUGUGCUGGCUAAUGUUGAGGUCACGCUGAACGUGUUAGCAGACUCUGUGUUGAUGGAACAGCCACCUCUCCGCAGAAGGAAAUUGGAACACUUGAUUACAGAGCUAGUGCACCAAAGAGAUGUUACAAGAUCACUGAUCAAAAGUAAGAUUGACAACUCCAAAUCCUUUGAGUGGCUCAGCCAGAUGCGAUUCUACUUUGACCCAAAACAGACAGAUGUGUUGCAACAGCUGUCCAUUCAGAUGGCAAAUGCCAAAUUCAACUAUGGCUUUGAGUAUCUUGGUGUUCAGGAUAAACUAGUUCAGACUCCUCUUACUGACCGCUGUUACCUGACAAUGACGCAAGCCUUGGAGGCAAGACUUGGAGGCUCACCAUUUGGUCCUGCUGGUACUGGUAAAACAGAAUCUGUAAAGGCCCUUGGACACCAGCUUGGCCGCUUUGUUCUGGUUUUCAACUGUGAUGAAACAUUUGACUUCCAGGCAAUGGGACGCAUCUUUGUGGGGCUUUGUCAAGUGGGCGCAUGGGGCUGCUUUGAUGAGUUCAAUAGACUUGAGGAGCGUAUGCUUUCGGCUGUUUCUCAGCAGGUUCAAUGCAUCCAGGAAGCCUUGCGAGAACAUUGCAAUCCAAACUAUGACAAGACUUCUGCACCUAUUACUUGUGAGCUG